CCUGCCUCUCACAGGAUGUCCAGCUCAGACCGACCCUCGGGGGAGACGGAUGUCCGGCAGCUCCUGAAACUCUACCGCACUGAGAUCUCUAUGGCAGUGGAUGACACGUUCCCGCUGCUCCAUGGCCUGGCUGAUCAUGAUGUCAUCCCGGAAGACAAGUUCAAGGAGACUCAGAGUCUGAGAGAAAAGGACGGCUGCCACAAGGCGCUCCAUGCCCUGCUCAGCUGGCUCCUGGGGAGGGACUCGGCCUCCAUUCGCGGCUUCUGGACGGUGCUGUUCAAGGACUACAACCUGGAGAGAUACGGGAGGUUACAAGCCAUCCGGAGCAGCUUCCCCAAAGAUGUGGACCUCAGCCGAAGCCACAAAGGGAGGAGAGUGGCAGCCAGCGCCCCCAGGCUCCAGGGGAAGAGGAAGGAGUGCCCUCAACCGGCCCCCCAGGCUCUGAGAUGCGCCUCCAGCCCAGGACCCCCCCACAAGGUGAAGCCCCCCAAGAAGCCAGAGAACCCAGAGCCCCCACGCUUCCCUCUGGGAAACGGAAUUCGGAGCAUGUCUGCAUCGGUCCAGAGGUCUGUGGCUGUGGCUUCCAGCGAGCUCCCAGGCACCUGUGGGGCAGUGGAGGGCGUCCUUAUUAAACAGGUGUUUGAGUCAGGUGGCUCCAAGAAAUGUAUCCAAGUUGGUGGAGAGUUUUAUACACCAGGCAAGUUUGAGGAUCCCAGUGGAAAGAACAAAACAAGAAGCCCCAAACCACCAGCAAGAACCAAAGCUACCCAAGCACCCCACCAUGGCAGCAGAGCAGAGAUGCAGCUGAGCCAACAUGGCAGUGUGCCUGCCACACCAGCCCAGCCCCCUGAGCUGCACCUCCACCAGGUAAAUAUAGGACUGGAUUCCAUGUCCAGGGCUCUCAUCACUCCAUUGUCCAUCUUCUCCAGCAAGAUUGUUUUGACCCAGAGGAAUGACGAUGAGUGUGCCGUAUGUAGGGAUGGUGGUGAGUUGAUCUGCUGUGACGGUUGUCCCCGGGCCUUCCACCUGGCCUGCCUAGAACCACCAUUGACUGAUAUUCCCAGCGGGAUGUGGCGGUGUGGAUGCUGCAUAGUUGGAAAGGUGCACCAGGAUGGGCAUCACGGAGAGGAAAGAGACCCCCACUCAGAGACUGCGGCUCUCCUUGGGCUGAGGCCAGCCAGAACACAGGAGAAGAACCCCAUCGAGGAGCCCAGCCCAGGCCUGGUGGCUACUUUUGCCUUCAAACAGCCUCUUCCCAUUGCUCCUUCUCCAUCUCUGAUGCCGGCAAUUCCUCUGGCUACCUGCCAGCCCCUGCAGAACCCAGGGUCUGAGAGACAGCAGCAGAAUCUCUCAGCGGAGGACACGUGUGGGGUCUGCCAAGGAAGCGAGGAUUUGCUUCAUUGUGCCCAGUGUUCCAGGGUCUUUCAUUGGCACUGUUAUUUUCCAGCCAACUCUAGCAGAACAGGGGGGAUGGUCAAGUGCAAACCCUGUUCUGAAGUCCCUGUCCUCACUGCUGAAGAGGAUGCUCUGAGCUCUGGUGUCUCAGCCCUCGAGUCUGUGAAGAUGAUUGGAGACUCUUCUGGAAAGGAGACCAUUCUGAACAAAGAUGAGCUAGACUCGCUUCUGGGAGAGAACUCUUUUGAUGGAAUCCUGCAGUGGGCACUCCAGAACAUAUCGCGUCCCCUCUCCGAGACCCAGAGCUUUUUCUCUUAAUGCUCUAUAAAGAUGGAGACCAGCCAGCUCAGGAGGAUUGUGGACAGAUUGUGGUGACAGACAUCUGGAGAAGCCCUGGUCUCCUUUCCACAACCAGAACCAUCCGCCUGAAGAUUUCUUGAGCAUCCUCUGAAUGUAGGAGCAAUGGCUCCAGUGUCUAAGUAUAUGAUAUCAGGGGAUAAAAUUUACUUACUCAA